AUGUGUGACUUCAGGACGUUAUUGUUUGGGGAUGGAUUUUUAACCAUACAACUGUUGUUUGCAGAUUCCACGCCUAAACCAACCAUACGACCAGACCCAUCAUUUGAGUUUUUCUACACUGAUGAGCGAGUCCAGCUUACUUGUGACAUGCCAGGUGCCGCAUGGGAAUAUCAUUGGUACAAAGACUCAAACACAACAGAACUUUCCACUCCAAAUAAAAAUUAUAUUAUUAAUUCAGCAUCUCUCCAUGACACUGGAGAAUAUCACUGCAAUGCAAAGAGACGUGACUUCUCAAUCAACAGUGAGAACAUAACAUUGCAAGUUAAAGAGCCACCUCAACCACAACUGUCCAAAGAGCCUCAAUGGGAUUCAUUUUACCCAACUGAAAAGGUGACUCUGACGUGUUUAAUCACUGAAAAUCCAAAUGAUUGGGAAUAUGAAUGGUACAACAACAAAAUUAAGCUCUCCAAAGACAAUGACAUCUCCUUAUCUGGAAAAACACUUUCAAUAAACUCUGCAAAAUCAAGUCACUCUGGAAGUUAUACGUGCAAAGCAAAACAUCUACGGAGAUCUCCAGUUACUACAAAAGAAACAGAGGCUCUGCAGCUUCACAUUUCAGAUUUCACGCCUAAACCAGCCAUACAAUCAGAGCCAUCAUUUGAGUUUUUCUACACUGGUGAACAAGUCCAGCUUACUUGUGACAUGACAGGGGCCGCAUGGGAAUAUUAUUGGUACAAAGACUCAAAGACAACAGAACUUUCUACUGCAAAUAAAAAUUACAUCAUUAAUUCAGCAUUGGUCCAUGACACUGGUGAUUAUUACUGCAAAGCAAAGAGACGUGACUUCUCAAUCAAAAGUAAGGGGGAAAAAGUGCAAGUUAAAGCUCUUUCAGCAGCUUCACUGAACCUGGUCACUGAAAUAAAUGACAUCAUCGCUGGAAAUAUCCUGACACUGAAUUGUGAGGUGUUAGAUGAUAAAACAUGGAAUUACACCUGGUUUGAGAACAAUCAGGAGCUGAAUGAAUCUUCAAGUACAUUAAAGGUCAAAUCAACCGAAGAAACUAUUAAAAAUGAAUUUAAAUGCAGAGGGAAAAGGACAGAACGACCGCUGCAGUCCUCUUGGAGUGAGGGGUUCAAGGCAAAUAAUAUUUUGUUCAAAAGAAAAAUACUGCUGGCCAUUUCAGGCUGUUUUGUCUGCUGUUUUGUCAUUUUGAUCAUUGGAUGCAUCGUACUGAAAAUCACUCGUAAACCAGAAAAGAAAGAGCCAGUUCAUGAAGACUUGUUUAUCUCACUAGCAGAUUCCAAGAACCAAACUACUUCACCCAUGAUGGAGUACAUGGCCAGUAAACCGUUAGAAAAAGAAUCUGAGGAAAAAGAGGAACUGCAGCUGGAUCGUAUUUUAAUCACUCAUGUUGAUGGUGUGAUAAUGGAUGAAGAUUCAGCAUCAGCAGAAACUAAUGACCUAACAUCUUUUAAAUAGCAACCUAAAACGAUUUGUCAACAAUCAACAUCAAGAGGAAGCUUCGCUUUUUUCUACUAAAGCAGUUAAAGUAGCACGUGCAUUUUUAAUAAAACUGCGUUGUGUAUUAUAGCAUAGCACUUUGUCUAAGAGCAAUUGUACUUUUAUAUACACAAGUGCUGAAUAAAAUGCUUUUGUUUAAGACUGGAAAUUUUUAUAUUAACU